CCGUUCCGUUCCACGGGAAGCCCGACCAAUCAGCGACUCCCCCUUGUGCUUGCUCCCUCCAUCGAUUCCAAUCCAAAUCGAAUCGAAUCCCCCUCACGAUCCCACCAAUCCUCCACUCGAGGAGGAGGAGGAGGAGAUCGCCGCCGCCGCCGCCGCUAAUGGCGCUGCCGGUGGCGAAGCUGGGGACGCUGGCGCUGCGGACGCUGUCCAAGCCCAUCGCCAGCCGCCUCAAGAGCCAGGCGGCCGUCCACCCGAAGUUCCGCAACUUCAUCAUCAGCAUCGCCCAGAUUAACCAUCGUAUUACCACAAGGAUACAAAGGCGCAUUUAUGGACAUGCAACAGAUGUGGAAAUCAGGCCUUUAAAUGAGGAAAAGGCUGUUCAAGCUGCUACAGAUCUCAUCGGAGAAGCCUUUAUUUUUUCGGUUGCCGUUGCUGCUUUAAUUUUUGAGGUGCAGAGAAGUGCAAGGUCAGAGGCUAGGAAGGAGGAAGCUCGUAAACAGGAACUUGAGGAAUUGAAGCAGCGGGAAGAGAGUUUAUCUAAAGAUUUGGAAGAGCUUAAACUGAGGCUCGGUGAAAUUGAGCGACUCGCUAAAGGACGAGGCCUUUCAGGAAUCCUGAACUUCAAAGGCGUCCAUGGAGCAGAAAGCAGCAAGGCAGCAGCACCUGCUUGAUUAAGCGCAUCAACUUAGUUCAGGCAAACCGCAAACCGCAAACAGGAAAUUGUGUUGUUAGGUUGAUGCGUACAGACCAGAGCAUCUCAACAUUUCACUUAUCUGUUUUGUGAUUCUUCUGUGGCAGUUCAUUGCCAUGUCCAUUCUUUAGGUGUAGGGAUCAAAAUAUACGUCGGCUGAUCCAUAUACACCUGAAAUAAUAGAGCCUAAGUAUAGAAGAAGUCAUGUAGGUUACUUCUGGGUAAGUAACCAUAGAAAAAAUUUGAAAGAGUAAAAAAAUGAAUGUGAUUUUACUUUGCUAACACGCAUAUCGAUAGCUUUGCAUUGUCAAAAAAAAAGGGCAUUAAUUAAGCAUAACUAAAUGCAAGCACACAUUAUCCUUUGCGCAGCUCCAUUCUGGAAGAACAAAACAUAUUUACAUCUUGCCCUGUAGCAUGAAAGUCGAAACUGUAUACCUUUUUUUGUAUUGCAUAUAAUUCAGCUACAUCCUAUUUGUACCCCAAACUCACAUUGUAGCAUGGUACAUGAGCUUAUUACAAGAAUUACAUUGUUGG